AUGGGGACCGGAGGAGGAGGAGGGAUGGUGUUAGGGGGGAGGUGCAGGAGGGUAGGCGAGGAGGGGUUGAGGGAGUCGGGGGAGGUGCACCGGGGAGGGAGGCGGGGUGGGGGGCGCUGGGGAGAGAGGGAGGCGGGGAGGUGCACCGGGGAGGGAGGCGGAGGAAGAGGCAGGGGAGGUGCAACGGCGGGAGGGAGGGCGGGAGGAGGGAGGAGGGAGGCCAAGCUAGGGGAGGGAGGCAGGGCGGGGGCAGAGGGGGGAACGAUAAGGAGAAGGAGGGGUGUAGGGGAGUGUAAAAAUGGGGGAUUGGUGUAUGGAGUUUGCAUGAGACUUGGGGAGAUGGGCUUGGAGCAUAAUUUUUAA